CUCUCCUUCAGCGGUUGAGACAGAGAAGAUGAAGUUCCUGUGGUUGCUAAUUGCCGUCGUGGCCCUCGUGGCUGCAGACGACCACGACGACGACCACGACGACGCUGCUGGAGGCGUCGAGGGUCGUACCGGUGGAAGAAGACAGCAGGGAUCAAACAGAUUCUUCGAUGAUGGCUUUGGCGGUGGUAUUGGCGGAGGACUUGGAGGAGGAUUUGGAGGAUUAGGAGGAUUGGGAGGACUGGGAGGACUGGGAGGAAUCGGUGCUGGUUUGGGUGGGCUUGGUGGCAUUGGGGGUAUCGGCGGUAUUGGCGGAAUCGGUAGUAUCGGUGGUAUCGGCGGUAUCGGUGGUAUCGGCGCUGUCAGGCCCCCAAGCAUCCCAAGUGACUGCCGCUACUGGUGCAGGACUCCCCAGGGUCAGGCCUACUGCUGCGAGAGCGCCCACGAACCCCAGAGCCUCGUCGGAGUAGUCAAACCAGGAUUCUGCCCUCCCGUCCGCCCCCUCUGUCCCCCCGUCAGGAACUUCCUCCCACCAGCACCCUGCUCCAACGAUGGUGCCUGCGGUGGUGUUGACAAGUGCUGCUUCGACACCUGUCUGCAGCAGCACGUGUGCAAGCCCCCUCUCGGGUUUGGACGUUAAAAGGUCUCUUAUUCUGGGGCUUUCCCUGUCUAGUCCAAUUGUAAAAAGAUUCUCGUGUAAUUACUGUACAUCACCUAAUUCUAUGAAUGUUAAUUACAAAUAAAUAGUGAUAGUUAAUAA